AUGCUCAGGACUGCUCUGCGGACACUCACAACACCGCCCAUCAGCCGCACACAACCCACCGCACACCUCACCGCGCACUUCUCCCACCUCCCCCGCUUCUCAUCUUCAUUCGCUAUGGCGCCCUCCGCAAAGAUCCAGCUCAACGGCAAAGAGGUCAAGGUGCCCACCGGCAUCUUCAUCAACAACGAGUGGCACGACGCGGCAGACUCGUCCACUUUCGAGGUUCUCAACCCUGCGAACGGCCAAGUGAUCACUUCUGUCGCGCACGGCAAGUCAGAAGAUGUCGACAAGGCUGUCGCCGCGGCUCGUAAGGCGUUCAAGACGACCUGGGGCAAGAACGUCGGGCCUGAAGAGCGCGCCAGCUUGUUGCUCAAGCUCGCAGACUUGAUGGAGCGGGAUCAGCAGUUGCUUGCCGAGAUUGAGAGUGUCAACGGUGGAAAGGGCGUCCGGAUCGCGCGCGACCUCGACAUUGGCGACACGAUCGGCUGCUUGCGGUACUACGCCGGGUGGGCGGGCAAGGUGCACGGCGAGACGAUCGAGACGGCCCCGAAGACCAAGCUGGCGUACACUCUCCUCGAACCGCUCGGCGUCGCUGGCCAGGUCAUCCCCUGGAACUACCCUAUUGGCAUGUGGGGAUGGAAGGUCGCUCCUGCUCUCGCUGCCGGCUGCUCGAUCGUCAUGAAGCCCUCGGAACUCACGCCCCUCAGCGCCCUCUACCUCUGCAACCUGAUCAAAGAAGCCGGCUACCCCGCUGGCGCCGUCAACCUCGUCCCCGGUUUCGGCCAAACCGCCGGCGCCGCCAUCGCAAGCCACAUGGACAUCGACAAAGUCGCCUUCACGGGGUCGGUCAUGACCGGCCGGAAGAUCAUGGAGGCUGCGGCCAAGUCGAACCUCAAGAAGGUUACGCUCGAGUUGGGAGGCAAGAGUCCCGUCCUGGUCUUCCCCUCGGCGGACCUCGAGGAGGCGGCGAACUGGGCGGCGCUCGGAUGCUUCUUCAACAGUGGUCAGGACUGCACCGCUGGUUCGCGCUUGUUGGUACACGAGGAGGUGCACGACAAGUUUAUCGAGAUCCUCGUUGCGAAGGCAAAGGCGUGCGCGAUCGGCAACCCCCUCGACGAAGCGACCUCUUUCGGCCCGCUCAUCUCCUCCGCGCAGCGGGACAAGGUCCUCUCAUACGUCGACUCGGGCGUCUCGGAGGGCGCCAAGGUCGCUACGGGCGGCAAGAAGUGGAAGGCCGAGAACGGCGGGUUCUACGUCGAGCCGACCGUUUUGACGGGGUGCAAGCCGAGCAUGCAGUGCGUGCGCGAGGAGAUCUUCGGACCGGUCAUGUCGGUCAUGACGUUCAAGAGCGAGGAGGAGGCGCUCGAGAUGGCCAACGACUCGAUCUACGGGCUUGCGGCGGGUGUCUUCACAGGCGAUGCGAAGCAGGCGAUGCGCGUUUCGAGCGAAUUGAGCGCUGGCACCGUCUGGGUCAACCAAUACAACGUCCUCUCGAACGCCGUUCCCUUCGGCGGCGUGCGGCAGUCCGGUAUCGGCCGCGAACUCGGUCUCGCGGGCAUCAAGGAGUACCUCUCAACCAAGUCUGUACACCACAACAUCGGUGAGGACCUCUCCUGGCCUCUCUGA